AGUAGGAAAGUACUGCCAGAUGUGUUAGUACUAUGGAUCUAUAUAGUUCUGUCCUUAGUACCAUGGUUAGUAUUAUAUUGCUUUGAUUAUCAUGUUGCCUAUAUUUUUUGACUUUUUAUUUUUUUAAGUAGCGUUUCAAUAUGUCACCUUUCAACCAACAAAUCAUUGCAUGCAUUAUGGUGAGUUUUUGUUUUGCUUUGCAAACCUUGUCCACAGUUCAUUAUUGCACUGUAACAGUGUAAAUGUGAAAUUUACAUAGUGCAACGCGUGUUAUAGAGUUUGGGCCCACUGUGGUAAUAUAAAAAUCAUUUGACCACAUGUUUCACAGUCCAAAUGGAAGGUGAAAAGGCAAAUGUUUUGGAUGAAGAGGAUAAAGACCAAGCCGCCAGCUGUUCAGAACAACAAAUGAGACGGACAAGGCCAAAACCUGCAUUUAAAGCAGUUAAAAAGACUGCCAUGGUUUAGUCAUUCUCUGACACAUUGUCUUUGUGCUUGUCAUCGUCAAUAAAUAUGGACUCAGCCUCCAAAUCAUUAAAUGCGGAUGACCAAGAGGAGCUUGAGGAGUCUGAGAGAGACGAGACCUCGGCCACUCUGCCCCCAUCUCCCUGUAGCUCUAUGGACUGUUCUUUCAUCUCCUCAGACCUUCAGGUUAAACCCUCCUCACCCUCCUCCUCUGGCUCUUCUAGCUCUGUCCCAUCUCUCUCUCCUCCUUUGCCUCCAUCAGUGGACAUCACUGAUGUGAUGAGUGAAACCAGACUAACCCUGGAUGUAUACAGAGGGGGGGCAGCAGCACUACCGCUGCUCUGGAGUUCUGUCCCACAUCAACUUAAAACUCUCCAAUAUCUGAGACUGGGCUCUGAGGAGAGGUCAGGAACAGAGGCUGCACUGGAAGUUCUACCUCAUCUGACAGAACUGCGCUCACUGGCCAUCAGAGGCCGCCGUUUUUAUGAUGCUCAGGGUGACCCACUGCCAGGCAUGCUCACUACUUUACCUGAAUCCAUGUCCACUCUCUCUUUCCUCACACACCUGGAUCUCUCCUUCAACCAGCUCUCUGCUCUGCCAUCUUGCCUUUUCCACCUCCCUGCACUGUCCUCUUUGUUGUUGUGCCACAACCACCUCUCUGCUUUGCCCCCUGACAUGGACCAGCUGUCUUCGCUCACUUUUCUCUCUCUCAUGGGGAACCAGCUGGUCUCCCUGCCACAAAGUCUGGGUCAGCUAAAAGUACUGCAGACACUGGAUGUUUCAUAUAACCUUCUCCAGCAACUACCUGAUGAAACGGGUUCUCUUGAGAGCCUGGUCAAGCUUGAGUUAUCACACAACAAACUAAAGGAGCUACCAGAGACUAUGGGCUUGCUACUUUCCCUCAGGGAGCUUGUCAUCAAUAGCAAUGACUUGCGUGUGAUUCCACAGUCACUGAACAAACUGCCUCAGCUUAAAAUAGAUAGCGACAACAAUCCAUUAGGACGACCUUUAACACCUCCUGCCCUCCCUCCCUCACCUGAACACAAAGAAACAAAACUCAAAGAGCUACAUCUUGGCUAUAAUCAGCACAGCUUCUUUGUUUCAUCUGCUGGAUGUCAUGUGUUUCUUCCUGGAGGAGCAGAGUUGCUUUUUCCCCCUGGGUGCUUGCACACAACCGCACGAUUAGAGUGGGUGUGGAAAAGGCCAGAAAGAAAAUGGGUCCAUCUGGAAGACCAUGAAAUCCUACUUAGUCGACCACUGGAACUAAGACCCCAUGGAAUUUCUUUUUUAAAGCCCGUUGAAGUGUGCGUGCCAUAUCACCGUUCCAGAAGAAAAGAGAUAGUGGUUCGAAAGUUUGAUGGGCAGUCAUGGACCAUUCAGACCACACUUUUAAAGAGGGGAAGCCCAAACAACAGCUGUCACCCUGGUGGCCGCCCCGCCCGUCUGGCUUGUUGCUCCGUUCAGCAAUUCUCCUGGUUCAUGGUAGUGUCUCGUCUAGUUAAGGAUACUUGCUCUCUCACACCGGAUGGAGCACUGCUGGUGUCCACCUCAGAUCCUGCUGUUAAGCUCACGUUUCCUCAACACUCCACUUUGGAAAUACGCACCAUAACAUUACAGGUACUGCCAGCUGCCUCCUCUGAAGUUCAGACUCUUUGUGGUGAUCCUCAGGCAACUGUCAGCCCUCUGCUUUGCCUCUCCCAGACCCCCAACAUAAACUUUCUUCAGCCUGUAAAAGUCCAAAUCCCUCUACCAACUGGAGUUACUGGUCAUAGUGUUGAUCGAUCCUGCUUGCAUCUGCUCCACGGAGACCCCACAGCCCAAACCUGGACUGAUAUCACAUCUCAAGUGUAUUUAGAAAUCACUCAUCUCUAUGCCAUAUUCUAUAUCACGCACUUCUCCUGGUACUGGCUUUGGUACACCACUCAGCAGUGUGUUAGUGGAGUUGUCAGAAAAGUUUAUCAGCGACUUAAACAGUUUAAAGUACAGUUUCUUGUUAUGCAGAAAAAAACAGACCCACCCCAAGUGCUUCUACAGUGUUUGCCAGCAGAUAAGGUGGACAGCAGAGUGCAGGCUUUGUUGCCGCAGUAUGAUGGACCACAUCCUUCUGAUCUGUGUGACCUGCUGGAGGGAGAGCAGUUUUUUGCAGGCUUUGAAAGAGGCUUAGACAUCAGUACAGAUAGUCCAGAUUGUGUGGAAGGAAGACUCCGUUUUGUGUUUUACUCCAGCCUGAAAAAUCUUAAAGAGGUCUACAUUGCCCCUGCAACAGGGCAGAAAGUACCAGUGAGGGGGCAGGUAUCUUUCUACAGAGGGGAUAUUCCAGAGAAUCUGCCAGAGGAAGUGGCGAGGAAAAGGAAAGGCCUGGACAGUCAAUGGUUGGCCACCUUGCCACUGAGACUUCCAGCACUAAACUCUGAAAAUAAUUACAUAAUUGAAGAGCCUCAGUAUCCCCCUCUAAAUCUGGGUGACCCUGAGAGUGGAUACCUGACUGAGACCAACCUCCUGAAUCUCUCUCGCAUCGGUAAAGACUGGCAAAGGAUUGGUAUAAAUCUUGGCCUGACCAAAGAAGAGUUGGAGCAUAUUCAGUACAAAAACAAGGAUAAUCUGAAUGGCUUGGUGCUGGAUAUGUUGUUUCGCUGGGCUAGAGGACAGAAGGCUGCAGGCUCUGGGUCUGUGUCAAAGCUUGUGGCGGCGAUGAUGGCGAGUGGCAGAACAGACCUGGCAGAGGAAAUCGAGGACAUUGUCAGCAUUGGAAAGAAAAAGUACUCGGAGUCAUUGAGGAGAGUGGGCCUGGAGACAGGGAGCCCCUCUCAGUGAAGCACAGCAGUAGCUCUGUACACGCUGAGUGCAGAUGGCUCUCUUACACAUCACUGACUUGUUUUUUCAUCAUGGCCCCACCAUCCCAUCCUGCUGUCUAAACAUCUCACCUGCUGUCUCGCACAAGAAAACAUGCACUUUUCCAGUAUUUGUUUUCCAACUAAGUGCCAAUGACUUUAAAUGACCUGCACAAGAACAAAACUGUGGGUACACAUAUGUGGGUAUUUUGUUACUAUCACAUGGAGACCAAUUCUUGGAAGCCUGUUGAGUCUUCUUUUUUGCCCUCUUUGAUCCAUGGGUUCUGCAUCUCAUUCAAUGCCCCCCACAUAACCUUUGCCAGGGGAGUGAGUUAAAAAAAAAUUGCGCUGACAGAGCAGUUUUACCUUUUAAUAACACUUGGAAUAUUUUAUUGUAUUGAAUAUUAAUUUUAGAUCUGUACCACAAUGAAGUGUGAGUAAAAGUAAAAGUAAUUACCUUUAGUCAUUUGGGUCAAUUCAGGAGACCUAAUGGCCAACAUAAAUUGGUCUUAGGAACACAUUUAGCUCCUGGGCUGUGCAUUAUUGUACAUAUCAGUUUUUACAUUUCACAAUUCCUGCGGCUGCAGGAAUCAUGAAAAAAUAUGAAUAUUUGCAUCACAUCAAAAAUGUAAAAAGUUCCUUUGUGUUUCAUUUCACUGAAGUGUAUUGAGGAUCACUCUGUGAGAGAUCUGUAGCCUAUUUGUUGCAGACUUUAUUUUAAUAUAUUUUCCAACAAUUCUGUGAAGGCCUGCAAUAUAACUGUCAUUAUGAUUGUAGUCUGUAGACUACCAAAAUCGUUGUAUUUGUAUUUGUAUAGGUUUCUUUAAAUACAUUUAUUUGUGCA